UUUUGCAACUUCACCCCCUCUAAUGUCAGCGUACUAUCACCGAAGUCCGCCUCUGUCACUCAGCAAGAAAAAAGUAUUGCCACAGCAAAAUCGCCGCUCUGUUUACCUCCAUGAAUACCCAAACUUGAUCUCGUCUCUCUUCUUCUUCCUUCUUGGAAUCGAUUUUCCAAGACAAUGAUACAAUGGACGGCGUUGCCUACUCCAUUUCCAUUCCGUUCAGGUCAGUCGAUUUCUCUUUUCUUCUCCUUAAUCAAAUCUUUCCCAUUUUCAGUCGCUCCUUCUCCUUCUUCUUCUCCUUCGCCCAUUUUGUCACCAGAAGAAUCAGAACCCAUUUCCAUUGACCCCCUUUCUUCUCAGCUCCUCAAUCUCCUUUCACACCCAAAUUGGCAAAAACACCCUUCUCUCAAGAAUCUAAUUCCUUCACUUUCCCCUUCUCGUCUCUCUUCUUUCCUCUCACAGAACCCAAAUCUUAAUCCCCAUAUCGCGUUUUCCUUCUUUGAUUACCUCUCACGGCUUCCUUCUUUCAAACCCAGUGUUCAAUCUUAUGCACCCCUUUUGCGUAUUUUGAUUUCCAAUAAGCUUUUUCAGGUCGCGGAAAGAACGAGACUUUCUAUGAUUAAAUCAUGUGGAACAACUGAGGAUGUCGUUUUUGUGAUGGGUUUUGUGCGGGAGAUGAAUAAAUGUGAUGAUGGGUUUAGGUUUAAGCUUAAUGGGUGGGGUUAUAAUACAUUGUUGAUGGCGUUAUCGCGGUUUGUUAUGGUUGAUGAUAUGAAAUGUGUGUAUAAUGAGAUGUUGAAUGAUAUGAUUAAGCCUGAUGUUUAUACUUUUAAUACGAUGAUUAAUGGUUAUUGUAAAUUGGGUAAUGUAGUUGAGGCUGAGGUUUAUUUUAGUAAGAUUUUGCAAGCUGGUUUGAGGCCGGAUACACAUACGUACACGUCGUUUAUAUUGGGUCAUUGUAGGAGAAAAGAUGUAAAUAGUGCUUUUAAGGUUUUUAGGGAAAUGCAGAAUAAGGGUUGUCGAAGAAAUGUGGUAUCGUACAAUAAUUUGAUUCAUGGCUUGUGUGAAACGAGGAGGAUUGAUGAAGCGAUGAAGCUGUUUUUGGAAAUGGGAGAUGAUGGUUGUUCUCCUAAUGUCCGGACAUAUACGAUUCUCAUUGAUGCAUUGUGUCGAUUGGAUAGAAGGGUAGAAGCAUUGAGUUUGUUUGAUGAGAUGAGGGAGAAAGGUUGUGAGCCCAAUGUUCAUACUUACACUGUUCUCAUCGAUGGUUUGUGUAAAGACUCUAAGCUUGACAAAGCAAGAGAGUUACUAAAUGUUAUGUCGGAAAAGGGGCUAGUUCCGAGUGUGGUGACAUACAAUGCUUUGAUUGAUGGAUACUGUAAGAAAGGUUUGGUUGAUGUUGCAUUAAGUAUUUUAGACACAAUGGAAUCGAAUAGUUGUAUCCCAAAUGUACGUACAUACAAUGAAUUGAUUUCUGGCUUUUGUAGGGCGAAAAAGGUGCAUAAGGCAAUGUCACUACUUGAUAAGAUGCUUGAGCGCAAACUGUCUCCUAGUAAUGUCACUUUUAACUUGUUAGUUCAUGGACAGUGUAAAGAGGGUGAAAUAGAUAGUGCAUUUAGGUUGCUUAGAUUGAUGGAGGAGAAUGGUUUAGCUCCUGAUGAGUGGACUUAUGGUACUCUAGUUGAUGGCUUAUGUGAAAGAGGUAGAGUUGAAGAAGCUAACACCAUUUUUAGUUCUCUGAAAGAGAAGGGUAUAAAGGUUAAUGUUGCAAUGUACACUGCUCUAAUUGAUGGACAUUGCAAAACUGAAAAAUUUGAUUUUGCCUUCACAUUGUUUAAGAAGAUGAUCGAGGAAGGUUGCUCCCCAAACACAUGUACUUAUAAUGUGCUGAUUAACGGGUUGUGUAAACAGGGUAAGCAGCUAGAAGCAGCACAAUUACUUGAAAGCAUGCCAGAAAGUGGUGUAGAACCCACAAUUGAAUCCUACAGUAUCUUGAUUGAGCAACUACUAAAAGAAUGUGCCUUUGACCAUGCUGACAAAGUUUUUAGUUUAAUGAUAUCUAGGGGACACAAGCCGGAUGUCUGCAUUUACACUUCAUUUCUAGUUGCAUAUCACAAUGAAGGGAAAUUGAAAGAAGCGGAAGAUGUGAUGGCUAAGAUGGCAGAGGCAGGAAUUAGGCCAGAUUUGAUGACCUAUACAGUAAUGAUUGAUGGUUAUGGUCGUGCAGGAUUAUUAAAUCGAGCCUUUGAUAUGCUAAAAUGUAUGUUUGAUUCUGGAUAUGAACCUUCUCAUUACACCUAUUCUGUUUUGAUUAAACAUUUGUCCCAAGGAGGACUUGAUCUCAAAAUAGAGGCCAGUUCCAUUAAUAUUGCUGAUGUGUGGAAAGUAGUGAAAUAUGAAACUUUGCUUAAACUCUUUGAUAAAAUGGAGGAACACGGAUGUCCUCCUAAUACAAACGUUUUUAGUUCGCUUGUUAUUGGUCUCUGUAGAGAAGGACGUCUUGAGGAGGCUUCGAGGUUACUUGAUCAUAUGCAGAGUUGCGGAAUGUCUUCUUCUGAAGAUAUGUACACCUCAAUGGUAAAUUGUUGUUGCAAGUUGAGAAUGUAUGAGGAUGCAACAAGAUUUCUUGACACUAUGCUUACACAAGGUUUUUUACCACGCUUAGAGUCGUACAAGCUCCUUAUAUGUGGGUUGUAUGAUGAUGGAAAUAAUGAUAAAGCUAAGGCAGCCUUCUUUCGACUUCUUGAUUGUGGGUACAAUAAUGAUGAAGUAGCUUGGAAACUUCUAAUUGAUGGCUUACUUAAGAGGGGACUUGCAGAUAGAUGUUCUGAGUUGUUGGAUAUUAUGGAGAAAAAUGGUUCUCGACUUAGUUCCCAGACAUAUACAUUUCUGCUAGAGGGACUUGAUAGAACAGACAACAAAUGAAGUAUGAAGUUCCAGCUAUUUGUGAUUCUAUUCCAAAUGUUUGUUCAGUCAAGCAUGUCCACAACUAGAUCUUCACGUGCACCUUAGUACCCUGUGGCCCGAAUAAUGAUUUCUCAUUUCCAUUCUUGUGGGCUGUUCUUUUUAAGGGGAAUUUGCCUUCCAUGAGAUCAGUUUGGAGUCCCCAUAUGGUAUAUGCAGCUACGUCUGACAGGUAUGUUGAUCCAUGUGAUUAAUAUAUUGCCUUUCUCCAUAAAUCAAUUUGCAAGGAACCAGUAGAGACAAAAGGUUGGUGUCUUAUCGUUUAUCAUUUGAUGAUGUUAUAUUCUACAUUGUUUUCGAUGUAUUUGGUUUGGACUGUGGCGUGUGGUUAAUACUCUGCUUCAAAAGUUAAGAAAGCAAGGGAAUGGAAGAGACAAGUAGAGAAAAUCAAAACAUGUCUCUUGCCUAGUUUGGUCGUAAUAUAUGCGGUGGUGGGAAGUUUUAGAAGAGACCACAGGGAGGAGAUAACAUUACUCUGGAUAAGCGAGAGAAGAAAAUCAUUUUCUUUUCACUCUUUCUUAUUUUUCUCUUCAUUUCCCUUUAUAAUUUCUCUCCUUUCCCUUGGUGUUUUUUUUAUAUUCCAAAAAUAAAAGAAGCAAUUAGACUAGAGAUAUUUUCUUCUCCUUAUCCAUCCUCACAUGUUCUUCAUCUAUGCAGGGAGUGCCAGCACUUGAUGUGCCAGAAUUGUUGGCAUAUUAGUUAGGCAGUCGUGCCCAUUUCUGGAUCAAUUUGGAAUAAGAAAAGGAACAUUUUCAUCUUGUGUGAAUUCUGCAGUAGGACUGUUACUUACAGGCUUUCAACCAGUAAAAUGGGAUAGUUUCUCCGUCAUUUAUCCUUGACAUGUCCAGCAUGAAGCAUUUACAUGAUAUACUGUGAGUAAUAGACAGAUGUUAGUUGGAUGUCAUAAUUUAACAAUCAAGCUUGAUGUGUCGAUGGACACUAUAAGUUAUCUUCUCUGGCUCUUAAAUUUAUUUAUCAGAAAAGAUUGUGGAUGUCUGUGCAGCAAGGGUCGAAGCAAACUUUUACUACACCACUUACCCGGAGGAGGGUCCUCAUGGUUGAAGGUGAAAUUAUGAAUGAUGAUCUGGAUAUAAGAACCAUGGUCAUUGUUAUGAAGGUGGAUUUUGAGGAGAUUCUACCAAGCAGAAUCUAUCAGAUGAUAGAAGGCAUGUAGUCACAACGGCUAGCCUUCCUUCGAUAACAGGAACUGCUGUAAAUCUUCUAUUCCGAGCAGCUCACUUAGCCAGAUCAGAAAAGCAGAAUGCUAUGUUGCUGGUUCCAUGGCUAUGUAAAUCUGACCAAGAGCUAAUUUUUCCUAACCAUCUUUCAUUAAGUUCUUCUGAAGAUCAGGACCUUUAUAUAUGCAAUUGGCUUGAGGAGCGAAUUGGUUUCAAGGCUGACUUCAGGAUUUCAUUUUACCCUGGAAAGUUCUCCAAAGAAAGGCGGAGUAUAAUACCAGCUGGAGAUACUUCUCAGUUUAUCCCGUCAAGGGAUGCCGAUGUUGCAAAAUUUUAGAGGAGCCAGAACAUCUCAGUUGGUACCACCCAGCAAAUGUUAGAGUGAUAAAUUUAAAUCAUCUUGUUGGCGUUGUCCACACAAACUAUUUGGAAUAUAUCAAGAGGGAAAUGAAUGGGGAUCUUCAAGCUUUUUUUGUGAAACACACUAACAAUUGGGUAACGAGACCAUACCAAGACAAGGUAUCCAGGAUUUACCCAAGUCUUUGGUCUGCAAUGUUCACGGUGUCAGUCCAAAGUUUCUGAAAAAGGAGAAAAAGUGGCAGCAGAUAGACAAAGCGACCAGCAAGUUUUCUCUAAAUGAGCAUCUUUCUUAAGGCAAAAUGGUCUGGGCGAAUACACUGGGAGUUGAUAGAUCUCUUAAGCAAAGCACAAGAAUGACCUUAAUGGCUUUAAUUUGGAGGUAUAUGGCAAUGGGGAAGAUGCUCAUGAGGUGCAGAGUACAGCAAAGAGGUUAAAUCUUGAUGUCAGCAUCAUGAAAGUAGAGACGAUACAUAUGAUUCUCUUCAUUGUGCUGCGCUUUGCACUACCAUGGCUGAGCUCUUGCAAAUGGGGAAAUUUGGACCACUGUCGGAUGAAUUUUUCCAGGUAUUCCCAAACCUGCUAGACUUACACGAUGCCUGAAGACUUUGUAGCAAAAUUUGAAGAGAUAAUGUCUGGUAGCCUCAAACGAUACAAGCUUUCAUGAGAAGCUGCUACACAGAUGUUCAUGGAAUAUUCUGACCUCGAUAAGGUUUUGACUGGUGAAACCAGACUGGACAGGAGACGUCGGAAGGGCCCUGGAUUAAUCUUGUAAUGCUAGGCUGGUAACACUACAAAUAUAAGAAGACAGCUCAUGUGUGCUGGCUAAUUAUGCUGAAUGUCUUGUUUAAUUGUUCUAUUAUCAAACUUUUCUCAAGGUUAUAAUAAACUUUUACAA